ACAGCAGCAGAGAACCAGCAGCCUGCUCGGUCGAUCGAGCAAGUGAGGGGGUGAACGAAGUUUGAUCGAUCGUCAAUGGCGGACGGCGGCGUGGCGAGGCUGGCGUCGCAGCGCGCGGUGGUGAUCUUCGGGACGAGCAACUGCUGCAUGUGCCACGCCGUGAAGACGCUCUUCUCCGACCUGGGCGCGAGCUGGGCGGUGUGCGAGCUGGACAAGGACCCCAGGGGCAAGGACAUCGAGAAGGCGCUGGCGCGCAUGGUGGGCCGCAGCCCGCCCGUGCCGGCGGUAUUCAUCGGCGGCAAGCUGGUCGGCCCCACCGACCAGGUCAUGUCGCUGCACCUCGGCGGCAAGCUGGUGCCGCUGCUGCGCGAGGCCGGCGCCCUGUGGCUGUGAGCGCUAACCCAUCAGCUAGCCUCCCAUGAUUAAUGCUUAAUGCAUGAGUGAAGCUGCUUCUACGUAUGCUUAAUGCAUAUGAAGUUAUGGUUACAUGC